GCGCACGGGGAGGGCUCUGCGUUGCCACGCGGGGAGCGCGCUCUCCGGCCCGGCUGCGGCAUGCGCGCGCUGCUCGGCUUGCUCCUCGUAUUCGGAGGCUGCACCUUCGCGCUAUACCUGCUCUCCACGCGGCUGCCCUUGGGGCCGAGGCUGGCGGCGGCUGGGGAACCCGAAGGCCGGUCUCUGUGGUUCCCCUCUGAUCUGGCAGAGCUGCGGGAGCUCUCUGAAGUUCUUCGAGAGUACCGGAAAGAGCACCAGGCCUACGUGUUCCUGCUCUUCUGCAGUGCCUACCUCUACAAGCAGGGCUUCGCUAUCCCUGGCUCCAGCUUCCUGAAUGUCUUGGCCGGUGCCUUGUUCGGGCCAUGGCUGGGACUUUUGCUGUGCUGCGUGCUGACAUCCGUGGGUGCCACAGGCUGUUACCUGCUUUCCAGUAUUUUUGGCAAACAGCUGGUCAUCUCCUACUUUCCUGAUAAAGUGGCCCUGCUGCAGAGGAAGGUGGAGGAGAACAGAAGCAGCCUGUUCUUUUUCCUGCUGUUCCUCAGACUCUUCCCCAUGACACCGAACUGGUUCUUGAACCUCUCGGCCCCGAUUCUGAACAUCCCCAUUGUGCAGUUUUUCUUCUCAGUGCUUAUCGGUUUGAUCCCUUACAAUUUCAUCUGCGUGCAGACGGGCUCCAUCCUGUCCACCCUCACCUCUCUGGAUGCCCUCUUCUCUUGGGAGACCAUCUUGAAGCUCUUGGCCAUUGCCCUGGUCGCUUUGGUUCCGGGAACGCUCAUCAAAAAAUUUAGCCAGAAGCACCUGACGCUGAGUCAAACAAGCGACAUCGGCCGCCUGGACCUCAGGAAGGACGCGUGAUGUGGGUUCUGUGUUUUCAGGGCCCCGGACUGUGCUGCUGGUCCCUUUAAUGUCCUCAUUGUGUUUUAAUUAUCCUCAAAGGAUGAGGUGGACAGUGUGUGCAGAGGUCUGUUAGAAGGGCGUUCUGUCCUGUUCAGCAGGUUCUAUGAAAUGGACCGCUUUCUAGAAAACCUAUCCAGUUCUCUGUCGGCCUUGCCUCUUGCCGGUCCCUGAGAUGUCUUGGAAGAAGAUGCUGGUGGCCUUUUUGGACAGGCUGUGUAUUCUCUAUGACUCUGUUGAAGAGUGUCCUCUCUACCUUUCUGCUGAUGAUCUACCUCUCCGUAAGCCAAGGGAAACAUGACAGGCUGCCUAGGUCUUACACGCAGCGUUAAGUGCAGUGAUUCCUGCAGUUCCCCCCAUUCACAGAUACUUCUGUCCAUGUUAAAGCUCCUUGUAGUUACAUGUCUUGAUAGUUAGGCAGAUUCAAACAUGAUUAAAAAUGAACGGAAGCCA